GGAGAUUGAGAAAGGGAAUAGAGGAGGUGGAGUUUUUUCUGUGGACUGUUACUAUAAAAGCUUUUUUCAGAAGGCUCCGUAGCAGCCUUGACAGCUUGAGAUUAACUGGAAAACCUAUUUUGCCUGCUUUCAUUCUGGGAUAAAUGCCUGGAUCACACUGCACAAAGGGUGUUCAGAAAAAUAUAGUAUAUAAUAUAAACUCUUCUACUUCUGCUGCUUCAUCUUCUCCCACCACCACCUUCACUGAGCUUCAGUCCCUGAUGGCACACACUGACCCACCAUCUAAGCAUGAAAACUCCCAAGAGAACAGGAAGGAGAAGGACCCUGUGCCGCCAAGGCCCACAAAUCUGCAGAGGGCCAGGGGCCGCUUCCUCAAAGGAAUCUCCUACUUCUCUGGAGACAUGAAGGUGUUUGGAAAAUGGAUGGAAAAACAGUUUUUUUUGCUGCAGUUGCUGGACUGGGUUCUGCGUGGAGCUGCUCAGGUGAUGUUCGUUAACAACCCUCUAAGUGGCCUCAUCAUUUUUGCUGGUCUCAUCCUGCAGAACUACUGGUGGGCUCUCAACGGUUUUGUGGGCACACUCUUUGCCACCAUUUCUGCCCUUAUUCUGCAACAGAACAGGGGUGCAAUAGCUGCAGGACUCUAUGGUUACAAUGGCAUCCUUGUGGGUCUGCUGAUGGCUGUAUUCUCCAAUAAAGGAGACUGGUACUGGUGGCUCCUGCUACCCAACAUCUUCAUGUCCAUGAUGUGCCCGAUUGUGUCCAGUGCUCUGGCAUCUAUUAACAGUCGCUGGGAUCUGCCAGUGUUCACCCUACCCUUUAACAUCCUGGUGUGUCUCCACAUGGUUGCCACAGGACACUACAACAACCACUUUCCCCAAGUCCUCUUUAAGCCUCGCUCAGAGAUGGCCAACAUCACCUGGGCUGAAAUCAACGUAGCCAAGCUGUUUACGUCAGUGCCUGUGGGAAUUGGCCAGGUCUACGGCUGUGACAAACCUUGGACGGGAGGAAUCUUCAUCAUCUCACUCUUUAUCUCCUCCCCUGUCACUUGUGCUCAUGCUGUCCUGGGAUCUACUGUGGGGAUGGUUUCAGGCUUGGCACUGGCAGCGCCCUUUGGAGACAUUUACUUUGGUCUCUGGGGAUACAACUGUGUGUUAGCAUGCAUUGCCAUUGGAGGAAUGUUUUACGCUCUGACCUGGCAGGUGCACCUGCUGGCCAUCACAUGUGCUUUUUUCUGCGCAUACCUCAGCUCAGCCAUUGCCAAUAUCAUGGCCACUUUUGGUCUGCCCGCCUGCACUUGGCCUUUCUGUCUCUCUGCCCUCACUUUCCUCCUUUUGACAACGGGGACCAACAAGAUUUUCAAGCUGCCGCUGGCCAAAGUCACCUACCCCGAGAAAAACCUGAGCUUCUUCUGGAAGUUGAAGAAGCAGGAGAAAAUGGAGAGGGCUAAGAAGGCUGACAAAGAGAGAGAGGAGCAGCAAAAAGCCAUCAAAGAAAAAAUUAUGCUAAACGAGAAAGAACAACUGAGGCUAGAGCAUGAAAUAAUGGAAAAAGGGAGGGCAGAAAGGGAGGCAUCAGAGGAUGAAAAUGACGAGACACGUGUCGAAGACCAUUGGGUUGAACAGAAAGGUACAGGAGAUGAAGAAAUCGGACACAAUGAUCUAACUGAAGUCACUUUUGGUGAUUAAGGUGGAGUGAGAUGGAGAGAGAGAGAGAAAGAAUCAUUUGAUGAUUUGAUGACGCCUCACACUUUUUUCUCCGUGAAACUUUGUUUAUAUAUUAAAGUAUAUAUUUAAAAAAUAUAUAUUUUUCUA